GCGCCCGGGACACGCCAUUCUCACAGUUUGUAUUUACUCUGGUUUUUCUGGCAAAAUAAAAAGAUGUCGGAGUCUGCUCCAGUUGCUCCUGCUGCUCCCGCACCUGUGGAGAAAACACCUGCAAAGAAAAAGGCGAAGAAAACAGGGACAGCCGCUGGAAAGCGCAAGGCAUCCGGGCCCCCGGUGUCCGAGCUCAUCACCAAGGCAGUAGCUGCCUCUAAAGAGCGCAGCGGCGUGUCACUGGCCGCACUCAAGAAGGCGUUAGCUGCCGCCGGAUACGACGUGGAGAAAAAUAAUAGCCGCAUCAAGUUGGCUCUCAAGAGCCUGGUGAGCAAGGGCACCUUGGUGCAGACCAAGGGCACGGGUGCUUCUGGCUCCUUCAAGCUCAACAAGAAGGCGGUCCCUGGAGAAGCUAAGCCAAAGGCUAAGAAGACCGGUGCAGCCAAGCCCAAGAAACCAGCUGGGACAGCCAAAAAGCCCAAGAAGGCGACGGGGGCGGCCACCCCGAAAAAGAGCGUCAAGAAGACUCCAAAGAAGACAAAGAAGCCAGCAGCAGCUGCCGGUACCAAAAAAGUGGCUAAGAGUCCGAAAAAGGCAAAAGCAACGAAGCCCAAGAAGGCGGCCAAGAGCCCAGGAAAGGUCAAAGCUCCUAAGCCCAAGGCAGCCAAGCCUAAAUCGGCGAAACCGAAAACUACGAAGGCAAAGAAGGCGGCUCCCAAAAAGAAGUAGCUGUGGAGGCCCCUGCUUUGAAAUUCUCAAAGGCUCUUUUCAGAGCCACCCAUAGAGCUCAAGCGGAAGAGCUGAAUAACACAAGCCAUGUUAAUAUUUCUAGCCCCCUUGAUUUUCUUGAAACUGCCGCCCUGAUGUGAUUGGCCAUUCUGUAACGCCCCUGACCGUGCACGUUGCAAAGAAUGCAUAAUAUGUAGACAGGGUCUUACAAUUCCUGUAAACGACAGUUUGGUUCUGCAAAGAACCUUUGGCCUACGAAACUGCUCAUUUGCCCAUGAUAGCCUUUAAGUCUUGGGCAGGGUGUUACCCGGCCCAGUAACUUCCGCUCGCUGUCGCGGAUGGCCAGCUGUAUGUAGGUGGGUGAGAUGAUGCGAGUCUCGUCAAACGCGUUGCCAGCCAAGCCGAGGCUCUGACUACCAGGUACUAAAGCACCGCCUCCGGAUACAUCCGGACGUCGGCCCCCAGAUGUUCGGCACAGCAGCCCUGCGCGGAGCAGACGGUGCACUCGCCCCACAAGAAAUUGCAGACCAGCUGGAAAAGAGCGCUGGGCGUGGGCAUUCCCUCCCUUGUCUCCCGCGCCUAGAUACACUGGAUCAAAAAGAAUGCGGUUCUGUUCAAAUCAGUCUGAGGUGGGGGCCAUGAUGGUAGUUAAAACGUUUCGUAAAAUCUCCUUUCCUAUUGGUUUGCAGGCUCUUGAAAGUCAACCAAUCUAAAUGCGUCACCUUGAGGAAUGGAUUCCUGAGGCAAUACUGCACCAAUUAGAGAUUUAGACAUUAAAAUUCACUUCGGCUGUGAAUCAAUGGAAAAGUUUGGAUUUUUUUCCCCGAAAUCAAAGAAACCCUCUCAGGGGCGAUUCACGCUGUAGUCAUUCUGAUUAUUUCAUGAUUCCACACUAAACCAUAUAAAAUGCAACUUGGUCAGUUUAAUGUAAUCUCCCCCCUUCUCUAGAUUCUUUCCCCAUAGAUUGCUGAGUCCCUCCGGAGACAUAAUUGGAUGUCCAGGUUCUUUUGGUGGAAUAAGCAAGGAGUAGGCAGAGAAAAACAAA